ACUUCGUCACCCGAAUCCAAAUUACUAACUUGCAUGAACUUACCCUCGUAGCCAAUUGGAGAGAGAUAAGGAUAGGACAAGGAAGCUGACAGCAUAAAAUACCCACUGCUGGAGCAGCACCUUGGUGUGUGUGGGCAAGCACUUUUUUUUUUUUUUUGGAGUUGGAAAGGCACAACUGCAAGCACUGACAACAACACUUCACCCACCUGUGUACAUGAGCACAGCUACUGUAGCUACCCACCUAAAGUCAUCUGAGAGAAGAACGAGAGAGAGAGACAACACACCCAUUGAACACAGGCCUGGUCGGACUCCAUUCCACAGCUCUGCUCUGGACCAUGGUCCGUCAUACCACCUGUAUCAUGAGCAUCCCUUCCACUGCCAGCAUUGAGAGCCAGCUGCCCACAACAUGGAGCUCCUACCCCUGCCCAGACAUUUCCACAGUGAUGCCCGGUUACACCAGUCGCCUGUGGUCCCAGGACUACAAGCCUCAGUAUUGGUCAAAGUACCUGGUGUGGCAGUGGCUGCAGCAGAUGGUGGACAUGCACCAGAUUGACGCUGCCAGCAUCCACUUCCAGAACUUUGACGUGGACGGCCAUCAACUGUGCAGCAUGACCUACCAGGACUUCACACGGGCCGCGGGCACCGUGGGGCCUAUCCUCUACCAAAGCCUCAACGAGCUCAAAUGGAGGGGACAGUAUCCUGGAGUGGAGUUUAACCCACUGGACAUUAUCAAAUCAGAGCCAGAUGAUUUCCCUUGUCCAUUCCCAGAACCUAGCAUAUAUCCUGCAGACAUUUUUGAUCCCUCAUGUCAAUGUCUCACACCUGUGGCAUCACCCACUACCUCAAGUCCAGACAGUCGCCCUCAUCAGAUCACAAAACACAACCCCCGGGGAACCCACCUGUGGGAGUUCAUUAGGGACAUUCUGCUGAACCCAGAGCGGAACUCAGGCCUGCUCAAGUGGGAGGACCGGACAGAUGGCGUGUUCCGUUUCCUUAAGUCAGAGGCUGUUGCUCAGCUGUGGGGCAAGAAGAAGAACAACAGCAGCAUGACCUACGAGAAGCUCAGCCGAGCUAUGAGAUAUUACUACAAACGGGAAAUCCUGGAACACGUGGAUGGCCGAAGGCUGGUCUACAAGUUUGGGAAAAAUGCACAAGGAUGGAGGGAGUCAGAAAAGUAAAAAGAGUCUGGAGGACACCUCUCCACUAUUUUGUGCCUAUUUUUUUUGCCUGUCUAUUUAUGGUUGUUUUUUUAUUUUAAUGUGUCACUGUGAUGUUUUACAAUGUUUUUGUUUUACAAAGAGGAGCAGAAUGCCUUGUUGCAACAUUUGUGGGAGUUUUUGUAUGAUAUGUUUACAUUUGGUUAAGCAAGACUACAUUUUACAUUUAAUUGCUUACCCAGCUAGCACAUAAAUGUUCUGAGAACCAAAUGUUUCUUAGAGCUUGGUGAAAGCGAGGUUGUCAUAUGUUUAUUUUGCAUACAACCUUCCAACAACUUUCUGGGAAUGGUGCAGGAUAGUUGCUUGACUGUGGAACAUUUUCGGCACAUUUAAGGAACUAGAUUUUUUUUAAUAAUCUUGGUAUUUCAUUACUUUAACUGAAUGUUUCCUAAAAGUUCAAACAUGGUUGGAUUUAAUGUCAAUUUUGGUAAUGUUCUAGGAAUGUUCUCCAACUAGUUUGACAUUGGGAAUGUUCUCAAAUAGUUCAGAGAAUAUUAAGAAACAACAGUCUUCUGUGGGAUUUUCAGUACUUCAGCAUAAUGUUUUCUGCAGGUUUCCUCAUGGUUAUUUUUAAAGUCAUGUUCUCAGAACGUUAAGAUAAUGUUCCAUAAAAACCACAAGAACAUUAGUAACAUUCAAAUAACUUUCUAAGAAUGUUAUUUAAAAACAUUUCAUUCUUAGCAUCAACAAAACUCUUUAUCCUCUAUCUUGUUAAGUGUGUUCAGGUGUGUUGGCCUCGCCCACUUAUUGGUCACACCUGAUCUUUAUUAAUGCUUGUUUCCUUUCAAAUGGGGUCUGUUUGAAUAGACUAAAAUGAACAUGGCAUGCUAGCUCCAUCCUGGUUGCGCAGUGGAGCAAUUCCAUGGAUAGAGAACCGAAGACUAUAGGUACUGAAUUUCACUGACGUUGUGCCACAACAAAAAAUACAUGUGUUUGCAAAUUCAUUUCUGUGUCCUAUCUAGGGUUGCAAAGGGAGGGUAUUUUACUGGAAACGCUCAACUAUGUAAUCUACCACAAGAUACUGUAUCUACUGGUCUUUUGGGGGUAUUUCAUAAUAUCACCGGUGUCUGUAAUUCUCUCUGUCCUGUUUUCUGGCCUUUUCACAUGGAAAAUAUAUGAAAUAAUUAAAUACAAUUAUUUAAAAAUAAAAUGAAUGAGAAAGCUGUAAAAUAUCAUCCUAAAUAUAAACCAUCCAACUUAGUGAAUACCAUUGGUGCAUUUUCAUUUAUUUUACUACGUCAACAUGUAUUUUUUUGUGAAUGUUUUUGCCUCAAACUGGUGAAAGUUGUGAUUAAAUGUUGAUUAGAUGCUUUUUGAUUAGAUGCUUGUUGAUUAGAUGCUUGUUGAUUAGAUGCUUUUCUAGGCCUUUUUCCUCUUCACCCAUAUGGUCUAUCUCUUAGAAACGUAUGGACAAUAUGGACACAGAUAUAUAAAUGAACACUAUAUAUGAACAUAUCUUUUUUAACAUAUUCAAGUAUAAAUGACCAAAGUUACAAUAGAUUGCAAUACAUUUUCUGUUAAUUACCAAAAUUAAUGAAGAUUUCUGUAACUUUGGUACCGAUAGGACUAGGUUUGCAAAGCAUUCUGUGCUUGGAGUUCAAAACAGUUAACCCAAACUGUUAUUAAACUUUACAUUUUGUUGAAAACA